CCACCGGGCCCAUUUGGCUGCGUUCCACUUAAAGCUCCCAGAAUUAUCUUAUCCUUGUUGUUCGCUAAGUUUACGAGUGUCGCGAUCAUUAAAUGGAACGCAGCCUGGUGUUUAUGCAAAUUUAUCCAAUGUGCUGUUGGGUGAUGUCAAGAUUCCAAAAUAUCACUUGGAAAAUCCUGGAAAUAUAUUGAAAAUUUUUGCAGAUACUUAGAAACCGAUGUGUUGCUGAAAACAAAUCUUCGAACUAUCUUUAAAAUCACCUGGCGCGAGUAGCACUAAUCUAACCUAAAUUUAAAAGAAGAGAAUUUUCGGGUUUAAAAUUUAAUUAAAGUAAUAUAUAUACUAAUUUACAAUUUUUUGACUGUUAAGCUCUCUCGAAAUAUUAUAACUAGUCAUUUAAUAAUUGAUCAUUAACACUCGACCGAAAAUAAAGGAAGGCUCACAGAGAGCUUUAUACAAGUACAUAAUAAGUUGAAUAAAUGAUUUUUUAAUUUUAUUUGAAAUAUUCUUAUUUUCUACACUCGUAUAUAUAUACAAUCGCAAUUGUCACAAUGUAUAAGAGAACAGUAUUUUUUGUGCUUAUCAUUGAUAGUGCUGUCCUUCAUAUGUUAGCAAUGUCUUUUGAAAAUACAUCAUCAAGUAAUGAGUCAAAUACCUUUGACAAGAUAUCUACAGCAUGUAAUGAUUUUACGAAUUCACUAUACAUGCCUUUAUCAGCAUACACUGACAAGAAUAUAAUAAUUUCUCCUUUGAGUUUACAUGUGUUGUUAUCCUUACUUUCUAAUGGUGCUGGCGGAUCUACACUGGAUGAGUUGAGAUCUACUCUUGGUUAUAGUGAUAAAGAAUUUUUGAACGAUGAAUUUAAAGCUCUGAUUAUUUUGUUAAAUGAUAUGAGAAAUGUCACAUUGCAUGUAGCAAAUGCAGCAUAUAUUCAAAAAGAAGUUGAUUUAACGGGAGAUUUUUUAUCUACAUGCAUGAAUAUUUUUCAAUCUUUAAUUUCAAAAAUAGAUUUCGAAGAUAAGAUACAUGCUGCAGAAACUAUUAAUACAUGGGUUCAAGUAGCGACACAUAAUAAAAUAUCCAAUAUAAUAUCUCCAGAUGAUAUCAGUGUAGAUACAAAAUUUGUGUUGCUAAAUGCUGUUCAUUUUAAAAGUAGAUGGCUAAAAUCAUUUAAUGAAGAAAAUACACAGCAACGUAAAUUUUAUGUUUCAAGAACAGAAACAUAUUUUGUUCCAACAAUGUUUACAAAAGCAACAUAUUUUUAUGGUGAAAUUCCACUUUGGAAUACACAAUUCAUCGAAAUACCAUACUUGAAUGAAGACAUUGUAAUGGUAAUAUUAUUGCCGGAUAGAGAGAUGGAACUGCAGUUUCUGGAAAAAAAAUUUAAUUGGCAAACAUUGGUGAAUAGACACAGAUUUUUCGACGAUUUCGAAUUAUAUCUACCGAAAUUUAAAUUUGAAAUUACCAUUAAUUUAAAAGAUAUUUUAAAAAAGAUUGGCUUGAAUAUGAUGUUCAAGGAUGAUUGUGAUUUCAGACAUAUCUCAAAAUUUCCUCUAAAAGUAAGCAAUGUGUUACAAAAAAUUUUUAUAGAGGUUAAUGAACAAGGUACAGAAGCUGCUAUUGUAACAGCUGCCAAAAUGAAGACAAAAAGAAUGGCAAUUUCUCCAAUGGAGUUUAUUGUAGAUCGUCCAUUUAUGUUCGCAAUUGAACAUAAACCAACCAAACUGCCGCUAUUUUUAGGAAGCGUGCGAAAAUUGGACUCUUUAGUGAAAGAUGAAUUAUAAACUAUUAUGUUUUUAAGUUAACAAUUUAUAUAUAUCAUACUAUACAUAUAUAA